CUCUCCGGCUAGGAGCUGGAGGGGGCGGUCCUUCAGCUGUCGCUCGCGUCUUGACCCGAGGGCGAGCGCGCGCAGCUGUGGGCGGGGCCAGGCCUGCUGGGCGGGGCUAAGCAAGCUCCGCUCUGAGGUUUCUCCUACUCCCCGCUUUGCCGCGGGUGUGACUUGCCUGCAGCAGCGUCCCGGGCUCCGGUCCCGGAAGUGGGCUCGCGUCCUGCGGUUCCAGGCCCCGGGCCGCGACAGUCGCCACGGUGGCGGCCACUACAUCACGCCCCACGUCGGCGGCGCUGGACGCCGUAGUGUCGACGAACCCGGAGCCCAUGACAGGCCAGGGCCAGUCGGCUGCCGGGUCGGCGGCGUGGAGCGCGGUGUUCCGCCACGUCCGGUACGAGAACCUGGUGGCUGGCGUGAGUGGCGGGGUCUUGUCCAACCUGGCGCUGCACCCGCUCGACCUCGUGAAGAUCCGCUUCGCUGUGAGUGAUGGACUGGAAGUAAGACCAAAAUAUAAAGGAAUUUUGCAUUGCUUGGCUACCAUUUGGAAAGUUGAUGGACUACGAGGACUUUAUCAAGGAGUAACCCCGAAUGUGUGGGGUGCCGGUUUAUCCUGGGGACUCUACUUUUUCUUUUACAAUGCCAUCAAAUCAUAUAAGACAGAGGGAAGAGCUGAACAGUUAGAGCCAUUAGAGUACCUCGUCUCAGCUGCUGAAGCUGGAGCCAUGACUCUGUGCAUUACAAACCCAUUAUGGGUGACGAAAACUCGCCUUAUGUUACAAUAUGGUGGUGUUGCUAGCCCUUCACAGAGACAGUAUAAAGGAAUGUUUGAUGCACUUGUGAAAAUAUAUAAAUAUGAAGGUGUGCGUGGAUUAUACAAGGGAUUUGUCCCUGGGCUGUUUGGAACAUCACAUGGUGCCCUUCAGUUUAUGGCAUAUGAGUUGCUAAAGUUGAAGUACAACAAACACAUCAAUAGAUUACCGGAAGCCCAGCUGAGUACAGCAGAAUACAUCUCUGUCGCAGCGCUAUCCAAAAUAUUUGCCGUAGCAGCAACAUACCCGUAUCAGGUUGUGAGAGCCCGCCUUCAGGAUCAGCAUGUGUCUUAUGGUGGUGUAACAGAUGUGAUCACAAAGACGUGGAGAAGGCAUCGGUGGAUUUUACAAAGGAAUUGCCCCCAAUCUCAUUAGAGUGACUCCAGCCUGCUGCAUCACCUUUGUGGUUUAUGAAAAUGUCUCUCACUUUUUAUAUGACCUUAGAGAAAAGAAAGUGAGCUAAAAGAAGAUCCCAGUCUAUGUUCUUGAGGCAACAGCAAAGUCCUUUGUGUUUGAAGCGCAAAGCUCAGAAGAGUUCUGCAGAGCUACAUAGCUGGUAACCCCAUGUCUGUGUUACAAGUGAAAGAACUGCUAAGUCAUCUUGAUGUCUUCUGCUCUUUGCAUCUCCGUGUGUGUGGAGCUUGGCAGCCUCUACCUGGAGUGGGUACCAUCUGCCUGACGUUGCAACUGAUAGCCACGGCGAAAAUGUACAGGAUCUUCCAUUUUGUUAUUCAGGGAGAAGCUCAUUUGCAAUAUUUGUAAAUAAUUUGAUGAAUGUUCUUUUUUUCUGAACUCUCUUGCCUGGAUUGGCUUUAAAACUGACCAUGUGCAAUAGCAAGGAACUGGCUUCUUACAAGAAUGACUAUAUUUCAAGGGUAAAUUAAACUUGGGGAACUUAUAAUAAGGUAUUAUCUAACUCUAGCCCAUUUUGAAUGGGGAUAUUUUUGUUAGAAAGAAGUCUGUUAUAGACGUGCUUUAGUUUUAAUCCAACUGGAACAUACUAAGUACAGAAAUUGGAGAAGUCAUGGAUUUCUCUGAGAAAUAUCUAGCACCUUUUGCCAUUCCAUUGCUUAAUUAUUUACAGUGAGAUUCUGGACGCAGACCUUGUAUUUUGGCCAUAAACACUUAGUGUGUGGUUAGGGUGUAUAAAACCUGAACUUGCAGGAUCCGGUGAAGCCUUUAUUUAGCAUGUGUGGCUACAAAUCACUCAUCAGAAAUGCUGGCUCAUGUUUCACAGAGAUGGAAUGUUUGAUGUAAGCUUGUUGAAAAACUGAAUAGAAACAAGCAUUCUAGUUUCCCUUCAUUUUUAGAUUUAUGGUUCCAGAUUCCAAAUAAUUAUUUGUCUGCAUUGGUUGCUCAAAUUCAGGUUGAAAUACAAAUUACAUUUGUCUGUGGCCAUUACUGGUUUGAUUUCUAAGUCAUUGUAGAUCUCCAGGUAAAAGGCCUGCUCCCGAAGGAUGCUAGACUAAUACUAACUCUUCUGAUGAGCAACUGUCAGUACUGUUGCACUAGCCUCUAUUUUUUGUAAAUAAAUCAUUAUAAUCAAAGCUGUAUUUAAAGGGUUCUUUGAAAAUAAGCCUAUUUUUUUAUAUUUUGCAAAUGGAAUUGUUUUUAAAAUAAAAAAUGAAAAGAUAAUUUAUAUUUACAAAAAUGGUGUUUGCUAUAAUAUCCUUUACCUUUAUUUUUUAAGUAUGUUUGUUUAUUCAGCAAAAUUGAUACAUUUUAAAAUCACGAUACACUGUAACAAAAAGCAAGUUUUUCAGCAUUUACAAAUUCCUGGCAUAUAACUCUUUGAAAUUUGGGGACAAUGAAUCAAUAUUUCCAGGAAUUCUUAGAAAUUUCAAAAUUACUAUUUUAAACACAGUCAUGACUAUAUCUACACUUUAUUUGGGUAUCUCAAAUUUUUGUUACAGAAUAAAAUACACUGAAUUUAGUGUAAGUUAGUUACUUAUAUAGUAAGUAAAUACAAAGAACUACAGCCUACAGGAAUAUUUAAACAAUGAGAAAUAUAAUUUGCAAUUCAGAUCUCCCAGGUAAAUAACUUCAGAAUGUUUUAUAAAUUAUGCAUUUCGUAGUUGCAUGGGGUUCACCUUGAUACUUAUGUCUGUAUGGGAAGGCAAGCUAUGGUUGAUAUUAAAGUUUUAGAAGUAGAACAAUCACUUGAGUUCUAUCUGCCUCAAAUUAAUAAGACAAUUCUUAUCCUCUGAAAGAUUAUAAACGUGCAUAAUAAAUGUGUUACUGCAGCUUUCUGUUGACAUAUGAACAUGCAGGGUAGGUAAUACAGUGUCCUGUAAGAGCUCUGCUACUUAUUCAGCCACGAACUUGGGGUACUUCCUCUGUGUUGGGGGGACUGCUGGGCACUGACGGGCACUGACAGCAUAGCAGUAAGCAAGCUAAUGGAGCUCAUGAUAAAGGACACAUAUAUGCAUAGUAGAGUUAUGGGUAUUGAAGGCUAUAACACAAAAGCCAGAGUGAGAGUGAUGUUGCCACGUUAGGUAGGGGAGUAUGAGAAGUAUCCUGGCCCUGAAGCAGGAAUUAAGCUGGCUAGAGGAGAGCAGAUUGAAGAUGGGGCCAUUGCAGUUUGUUGAGAUUACAGGUUGGAGAAUCAGGCUCACUUCAGAUUUUAAUUUUCUGGUUUUCUGUUUGACCUAAGACAAACAUUUCACUCCUGUCUUAAGCACCUUUAUUUGUAAAUGGUGUUAGAUUAGUCCUAGUGAUUCCCAAAGAGGACAUUCUUAGUGAAGUGACAGAAUAAAUGCUUUAAGAAAUCUGGUGGCACACACCUUUAAGCCCAAUACUUGGGAAGUCGAGGCAGGUAGAUCUCUAAGUCUGAGGCCAGCCUGGUCUACAUAGAUGGGAAUAGAUAGAACAGCAUUAGCCUGACAGAAAAGGGUAUGAGGAAUGGAUUGAACCAUAGGUUGUUUUGAGACCAGGUUAACCUCAAACACUUAGAUUCCCCUACCUCUGCCUCCUAGUGCUAAGGUGUAUGCUACUAUGCUACAAGCAAGCAGUCAUCGAUUUAGGGAAGCUAGUUGUAUGGGGGAAAGGGUGCCAAAGUAUUACAAGCACGGGCAGUUUUACAAAGAGUAGAGAUGUGAGCUGUUAGUACCCAUGGCUCCCCCAAAUGGAUCUGCAUAUGUCACCAGCAGUGUGUGCAGAAAAUGAACAAUUUAAAGUACAUUGCUAUACUUUGAUGGAGUAAAUGAAUCCAAAUAAAGAGUGCAAUGCAGUAGCUGGGCUAAUUAAUAUAAACAGAAGCCAGUUCUUACCCUGUAUUGUAGACUGGUAAGAAAUUUAGACCAAGAGCUCCUUCUGAAUUGUGGGAACAAGGCUAUAUUUGAUAAGUAUCUAGUCAAGAGCUAGAGACUUCAGCCUGGUUGAUGGUAUCAGAGAUGGUGACUUACAGCUUACAAGGAACCGGGGCAAUAUUUUAGAAGGGCGGUGGGCUGGACUUGAAGGAAGCUAUUUUGGAGAGAAGUAUGGCGGGUGGUAGCAGAGGUGGCCUGUUCUGAGCAGUGAGUUAUCAGUAUAAUUGGAAGAGCAAGCUGAAAGACUGAGACCAGAACUUGAGAACUCUUGGAGCUUUACUAUAAACAUGUUGAGGUUUUAAUGGUCAAAAGAGAACACAGUAGGUAGGCCAGAGAACUGUGUCUACAUCUUAGGAGAAGCAGGAAUGUACAACAGGAGCAACUCAAAAGGAGUGUCGUCAAGCCUGUAACUAUUUCAGUAGGAUGAAGGUUGAUGCCACUGACAACUUUAAUCCCAUUUGAAUUACAGAACCGGAAGUUAGAGGGCAAGCUCUGAAGGAGCAUCAUUCCUCUUUCUUGGAGUUGGCAGAUAAAAGUGAAGAACUGGAGCUUGAAAAGUAACCGAGAUUAAGAGAAGGUGCAAGUUGGGGAGGUUGCCAAAAGGAAAGGCAGAGCAGGAUGGGGGCACCUUUGAACAUAAAGGGCCAGCCAACCCACAAGCAGGUGUGUGAACCAGAAUGGGAUCCGCUGAUGGCUGGCAUGCCUUGGGAGAGGCUAUUCUACUUGAGUAUAUAUCCAUUUAUGGCCCAGUUAUUUAAGUUUUUUACCUUAAGGGAUGUGUGUGUGUGUGUGUGUUGUUGUUGUUAUUGUUUUAUUUUAAGGUAUGCGUGUGUGUUGUUAUUGUUUGUUUGUUUUAUUUCCACUGUAUCAAAAAAAAAAAAAAAGAAAGAAAGAAAGAAAAGAAACCAACUAAAGAGUAUGUUUGAGUUCAGGAAUAAUCAGAGCUAAUUUUCCUUGGGAUACAGGCAUUAUUUUCAAUAGAAAAUAAAAUUCUGUAGAUAACAACAUGUAUUCACUUUGGCAGCAAAGUCAAGCACUUACAAAAUGACAUGGAUGUAAAAUGGUUUGCUUAACCUUUGUGCUGCUCUCUGGAAACGUGCUAGGUAACAUAGAAACUGUGCAAGGUUUGAGGUUACUUAAAGUCUUGCAUUCCUGAAGAAUUAAACAAAAAGCAGACUCUGGAUGUAUCUCUAAUGAAUACAUACCUAUUGUUAGCUUCCGUUUCCCUUCCUUCUUGAAGAAGAGGCCUGACUGAUUUCUUACAGAAACCUAUCUACUCCCUCCACUCAGCCUUGCGAGUUAGGGGCACCAGCCUCACCUGCUCUGAAGCUGGGUCCUGAUGGGCAGCACCAAUCUGGAUAUACAGCUUUGUUUAUAGUCACAAAUGGCAUGAAACCAACACAGAUAAGCCAUCCAGAGUAGCUGAAAAUAUUUUUUUUCUUAGUAUCCUGGCAUAGAUUCUCUCCUUGCUUCACUCAUGAAGAUUCAUGUAACUCAGUCCACAUGAAAGCCGAUUUAGACUCCUAAUUGGACAAUGUAAGUGUCCAAAAUGGAGUCAGCCUCAAGAAUGUAACAAAUUAGCCGGAUGUGGUAGCGCACACCUUUAAUCCUAGCACUUGGGAGGCAGAGGCAAGCGGAUCUCUGAGUUUGAGGCCAGCCUGGUCUACAGAGUGAUUUCCAGGACAGCCAGGGCUAAAAGAGAAAUCCUGUCUUGAAAAACCAACAAAACAAAACAAAGAAUGUAACAAAUUAAUGUAAUAAAUGUAAAUAAUAUGUAAAAUGUAAUAAAACCAUGUUCUAAGUCACAUAUGGGAUUCUGGGUCAGCUCUUACCCUUGGCAACAUGUACCUGUGGAGUUUUUAUUUAAGUGAAAAAUAAAUUUAUUUUAAAAAUAA